AUGUCACCUUCGCCUGAACCAACCACAACAUCGGAACUUCACGACGACAUUUUCGGCUCAUCGCCAAAUUCUCCCAUCUUGUCAGGCCAUCAGGAAAACGAGAAUGACAUCGACAUUCCAGCUCAUGUGCUCAACGCAGCAAAUUCGGAACGCUCGGAUAUUCCUCGUCUGCGCAGUACUCAUGUAACCAAUGGCUACCGCGACGGUAUUUCCGUAUCAAAAGCCGAACACGUCCAACACGGUUUCGACGAAGGCUUUUCUCUCGGUGCCAUCAUCGGUAUCAAAUCUGGUUUCUUGCUCGGAGUCUUGGAAGGAAUUGUUCGCGCUAUCCAAGCUUCUGCUACCAUUGCGACAGAGGCAAAGGAAGAUGUUAUCGCAAAGUUCGUGCUGGCGAGAAGCGAACUAGGGCUACAGAGUUUGUUUGGAAGGGAGUGGUUUGGUGAGGACGGAAUCUGGAAGUUUGAUGUUAAGGGAAAGAACGAGGAAGAAGUCACUUUCAGAGAUGUGGCUGAUGCUCAUCCGCUGGUGAACAAGUGGGUGAAGGAGGUUGAGUGCUUGAAGAAGAAGUUUGGAUUUGACAUUCAAGCUAGAGCAAGACCUGAAGGAGAUGAGGAGGAAGAGACAACUUCUUGA